CAUGACCACAUUUGGCGUGAGUACCGUAUUCUCUAUAUGCAUACGACACUAUUUGGCUGCUUGCUCGUGCUCUUGAUGAUUUUUUUGAUCAGGGUGGGAACCUUUCGUUCUUGAAAGCUCCUCAAAUGAAGGACUCACAAAGCAGAUUCUUGAAUCUUGAUUCUUUCAGAGUUUUUAGUGGAGGGAAAAUCUUGGUUGAAAAAAUCUUAGGAGCCAAAAUGAACGGAACAACAGGACCCAUCGAGUUCACUUCCGAUAAAAGCUUGGAUUUUCCAGCAUUUGAAGUUAUUAACGUAAUCGGUACUGGGUUUAGGAGAGUUGGGUAUUGGUCAAACUCAUCACGUCUGUCCACUUCUCCUCCAGAAACACCCAAAACAAACGAAUCUAGUUCGUCGUCUGAGCUGUUGCAUAGUGUAGUUUGGCCAGGUGAAACCGUUAAAAAGCCUCGUGGAUGGGUUCUUCCACAGAAUGGAAAACAUCUGAAAAUUGGGGUUCCAAUUCGAGUCAGUUUUCAGGACUUCGUGAAAGAAGUCAACGAGACUGAUAGGUAUGUAGGAUACAGCAUCGAUGUGUUUGUUGCUGCAGUGAAUCUGCUUCCAUAUGCUGUGCCACAUAAGUUCUAUUCGUAUGGAGAUGGUCAUAAGAACCCGAGUUACACUGAUCUCAUGAGCUUGGUCAGCACUGGUGUCUAUGAUGCUGCGGUGGGUGAUAUUGCCAUUAUCACCAACCGAACAAGGAUGGUGGAUUUUACUCAGCCGUAUAUUGAGUCUGGGCUAGUUGUGGUGACACCGGUGAAGAAGCUAAGCUCUGGAACAUGGGCUUUUUUCAGGCCGUUCUCUGCUGAAUUGUGGUGUGUUAUUGGGAUUUUUUUUGUAGUAGUGGGAGCAGUUGUUUGGAUUCUAGAACAUCGCAAAAACGUUGAAUUUCGUGGUACUCCUAAACAACAGGUUGUCACAACCCUAUGGUUUAGCUUUUCUACCCUAUUUUUCUCCCACAGUAAGUUACUACAUAUGAAACCAACUAAGGUCUUUUAUCUUUUUGACAUGGUGAAUUUAACGUAUAUGUAUGUGGUUCUUUUUUACUCGAGUAUUAAGUUCACGGAUAGCAACCUGCUUUUAAAUUAUGUUUAUUAUAGCAUCCUACUCCGACGUCUUAUUAUAUAG